GGCGUGGCUGGCAUCGCCCGGCCCAGCCCCGCAGAGUUGGCCUGGCUGGCAGCGACUCUGGUCUGUGCCUGGAGAGAGCGAGGAAGAGGGUGAGGGCAGGGCACCCUCCGGAGGAGAUGCCGUUGAAAACCAUCCAGAGCAGCAGUAGAAACAGUUGGUGUCGCUUUGUUUUGUUUAUAAACUGACCGUUUGUUUCUUUCCCGGCGAAAUGUUAUUUGGGUUAAAAGAAGAAAUGGCUCCCCAAGAGCUCACCCGGCGACUGGCCACAGUGACCACUCACGUCGAUGAAAUUAUGCAGCAGGAAAUCAGGCCCUUGUUGGCAGUGGAUAUAAUUGAACAACUUCACAGACAAUUUGCCAUUCUUUCAGGAGGCCGAGGGAAAGAUGGUGCCCCAAUCAUCACUUUCCCAGAGUUUGUGGGCUUCAAACACAUCUCAGAUGAGGACUUUCUGAAUGUCAUGACCUACCUGACUAGCAUCCCCAGUGUGGAGGCUGCCGGCAUCGGGUUCGUCAUUGUUAUCGACAGACGAAGGGACAAGUGGAGCUCCAUAAAAGCAUCCUUGACACGAAUAGCUGUAGCAUUUCCUGGAAACUUGCAGCUCAUAUUCAUCCUUCGUCCAUCUCGCUUUAUCCAGAGGACAGUCACUGACAUUGGAAUUAAAUACUAUCAAGAUGAAUUUAAAAUGAAAGUACCGAUCGUUAUGUUAAAUUCUGUCUCUGACCUUCAAGGCUACAUUGACAAAAGCCAACUAACAGAGGACUUAGGGGGAACUCUGGAAUAUCGCCACAGCCAGUGGAUCAGUCAUCGAACUGCCAUCGAAAACUUUGCCUUGACCUUGAAGACCACUGCCCAGAUGCUUCAGACGUUUGGGGCCCGCCUGGCCGCAACAGAGCUGCCCAGAGGCGUGCCAUCUACUGCAGAGCUGCUCAUGUCCCACACAAAGCAGCGGGACAAGCUGCAGGAUGAGCUAAAAUUACUUGGAAAUCAAGGGGCCACAUUGCUGUCAUGUAUUCAACAACCAGCAACCAAAAGUCCCACCAGGAAACUCAGUCCCAAUCAACUUGAGAAUGUAGCUACCAUGGAAAGGUUACUAGUUCAGUUGGAUGAAACAGAAAAAGCCUUUAGUCGGUUUUGGUCCAAGCACCACCUGAAGCUUAGUCAAUGCCUACAACUACAGCACUUUGAGCACAAUUUUUGUGAGGUUAAGCUUGCCCUGGACAACUUGUUGGCAGAGCAAGCAGAAUUUACAGACAUCGGAGACAGUGUGAUGCGUGUGGAGCGACUUCUUAAGGAACACAAAAAACUGGAAGGAAAAGGCCAGGAGUCCUUGGAAAAGGCCCAGCUGCUUGCAACAAUCGGGGACCAGCUCAUCCAAAGCCACCACUACGCAGCAGACUCCAUCAGGCCCAACUGUGUGGAGCUCAGGCACCUCUGCGAUGACUUCUUCAAUGAAAACAAGAAAAAACAUGACAUUUUAGAAAAGUCUUUGGAAUUACAUAGUCAGCUGGACAAGGUCAGUCGGUGGUGUGAGGCGGGAAUCUACCUCUUGGCUUCCCAAGCUGUAGACAAGUGCCAGUCUCAAGAGGGUGUUGACGUUGCCUUGACCGACAUCGAGGCAUUCCUGGACACAGCGACGGAGCAGCAGCUGCCCAGCCCCAAGGAGAUUUACGACCAGUUUGAGUUGAUUCUCACCCCUGAUGUAAAGGCCAACGCCCAGAAAGUCCUACAGAAGCUGGGAGAUGUACAGGAAAUUUUUCACAAGAGGCAAGUGAGUCUGAUGAAACUGGCAGCCAGACAGACUCGUCCAGUUCAACCUGUGGCCCCCCAUCCUGAGUCCUCCCCAAAAUGGGUGUCACCAAAAACCAGCCAGCCUUCCGCCGUGGCUCCUCUUCAGAAAACAUCUGUGGAACCUUAUGCAGAGACAAAUUUGGACUCCCUGGUAAAGGAAGAUGACAAGACUAAAUAUGAAGGCAAGAAUGAAGAAAUACUUGAAUGCAGUCAUGAUGGGGAGCAGGAGCAGCCCGACAGUCCUGAAAAUCUUUCCCCCAGCAGGUGCCUUAUACGUGACUUGCUUGAGACCGAAGAGGUUUAUAUAAAAGAAAUGAAGAGCAUAAUUGAUGGAUAUAUCACUCCAAUGGAUUAUAUUUGGCUAAAGCAUCUGAUACCAGACGUUCUUCAGAAUAACAAGGACUUUCUCUUUGGGAAUAUUAGAGAACUCUACGAAUUUCACAACAGGGCUUUUCUAAAAGAAUUGGAAAAGUGCACUGAGAAUCCUGAACUUCUGGCUCGCUGCUUUCUCAAGAGAAAAGAAGAUCUUCAGAUAUAUUUUAAAUACCAUAAGAAUCUGCCCCGAGCUCAGGCAAUCUGGCAAGAAUGUCAAGACUGCGCCUACUUUGGGGUGUGCCAGCGCCAAUUGGAUCACAGUCUCCCUCUUUUCAAGUAUCUCAGAGGCCCAAGCCAGAGACUUAUAAAAUACCAGAUGCUGUUGAAGGGCCUGCUGGAUUUUGAGUCUCCUGAGGAUUUGGAGGUAGACCCAGGCGGCCUAGAAGGAGGUGCGGCUAAGGACGGGCCUAAGAGGACCAAGGAUCCCGCGUCCUUGGCGGAACUGCAGCAGGCUUUGGCCAUGAUAGAGGAGCUGAUCCAGACCUGUGAACUGGCCGUGGACCUAGCUGCGGUCACUGGAUGCCCGGAGGACAUCGGAGAACUGGGCAGGCUGCGGAGGCACGGCGCGUUCAGCGUCUGGACGGUGCGCAAGGAGCGCUCCAAGGUGACGGGUUUCAUUCGCUUUAAGCCCAGCCAGAGGCAGCUCUAUCUGUUUGAAAGGGGAAUCGUGUUCUGCAAGAUACGGAUGGAGCCCAGUGACCAGGGCCCGGCGCCUCAUUACAGCUUUAAGAAGUCUAUGAAGUGGACGACACUUUCAAUUCACCAACUUGAAAGGGGGGGCAACAGAAAGUUUGAACUUGUCAACCGAAACGGACUUGAGAAAUACAUCCUGCAGGCAGCUUCCAAGGAAAUCAGAGAUUGUUGGUUUUCGGAAAUAAGUAAAUUAUUGAUGGAACAACAAAACAAUAAUAAAGAUGUUUAUGAGGAUGAAGACAAUGGCAGACAAACCGCCCCCGAAUGCUGCCCCGGCGGGGCGAGCAUCUCCGUGGAAACCUUUGAAGACGGUGAAGGGGCAGAAGAUAUGGAGAAGGAGAGCAGCGCUCUGGGUCUCUCGGGGCUUUUCCAGUUGGACGACAGUUAUGACACCUGUUCCCCCACGUCUGGUGUGGACGCGGGAGAACGCAUCCAGGGAGAAAAGGGAGGCGGUGAUCAGAGGGACACGCGAGUGUGAACGAGGAAGGAAGUUAGUCACCGUGGAAGAAGCCAGCUACCGUGUUGAGAAGACACUGAAGCUGCCCCAUGACGAGACCCACACGCAGGAACUGAAGCCCCACGCCCACAGCCACGUGAAUGAGCCACCUGGGGGGUGGGCUCUCCAGCCCCAGCCAGGCCUUCCUUCCAGCGGCUUCAGCUCCAGCUGAUUUCGUGGCUGAAACCUCAUGAGAGACCCAGAGCCAGAAGAACCCAGCUCAGCUGCCUGUGAAUUCAUUACCAGGGGAUCAUGAGAUAAUAAAUGUUUGGUUUAAGCUG